UAGCUUUAAGUAGGACACACUUUCCUCAUGCUUUUAUUUUCCUUCCGCACUCUCUGAAGGAGGACCUCUUUCACAGACACCAUGAGUAAGUCCGGCACCCUGAAAAUAAAGGGCUUGUUUAAAUUAAAAUCACCUGAUAAAGACAGCAAGGAGCAGAAACGGUCGGGCACCCUCAAAGAUGGAGCAGCUACCAGCCUCGCGAGCCCCGCGAGCCCCGGUGCCCUCAGCCCGGGAUACAACGCCACACUGGCCGAUGAUGUGUUACCCAUUUCCCCUAAAGUAAAGAAGGAUAAGCGGCUGUUGCCGUUCAGGCUGAAACGGAAGAAAUCCAAGCACAAAGAAGAAGAAGGAGGAGGAGGAGGAGACGUGUUCUUCCCUGAUGAACUGGACAGCUUCCACAGCCACCUGAGCUAUGACCAGAUCAGUGUUUCCACAGAGUGCAGUUACCAGACUGUAUCGGACUGGUACACUCAAUCUGAGUCCACCUCCAUGAUCAGCUUUGACAUGACUCAGCCACACAGCCCAUCUUCACCUUCCAAAUUCUUCAAGAGUUCGGAGGAGAACAGGGGAGUGCUCAGUCGCCUCAGCAAUUUCUUGAGGUCCAAGAAAAAGAAGAACAGCAGUAAGCAUCAUUCAGACUCACUUUCCCCAACAUCCCCCUUGUCUCCAAGUUCACCCCAGUCUCAACAGGAGGAUGGGCCAAGGACUCCGACUCCUUCUCGAAGAGACAGUGAGCUAAUGGGGCCUAAUUAUGGAGGCUCUUCCAGAAUGGGAGCAGAGCUUGAUGACAGACUCAGCCAAAACUCCAGUCCCAGUGCCUCGAGUGUGGUUUCUCUGCUGACAGAUGGAGCAGAGCUACCGUUUGCAGACAGCAACAGCAGCGGCCGAAGCAGCGUGAGGGAGGUGCACGUGUGCAGGGUCAGCACAGCCAGCAGUGAAAGGAAUUCUGGGAAUGUGACUCCCACCCCACUGGACCCUGCUUCUACCACCCAGGCAAGUGCUGAUUCCAGCCCAGAACGGGGCUUUGCAGAGUCAGUGGUGAAGGAAGUCAGCAAGAGGCUGCAUGUCAGUUUGGAAGAAGAUAUUCAGAAGAAUACGGAGGGUUCCAGGGAGGACGUCGCAGUUAAUCAAACCACACAGCUGACAUUGAAUACCCCCAUUUCCAAGGCAGCUGAGGCCCCAAAGUCUCCUAACCUAACCUCUAUAAGUUUAGCAACAAAGAAAUCAUCAGUGAAAGUUGGAGAGAAGGGACACAGCACUGCCCUGAGUGGAAUCACUUUACACCCUCAGUCGCCCACCUCACACCACAUCACAACUGAACAGGAAGACUCUCCAGACACAGCGAGGGAGAACAAGAGGAGGGGUCAGCUAUUCUCUUGGAGCACUGUCGCCACAGCAUUGGGCCCUUCGCCUGAGAUAGAGCCUACAGAUGAUUCUCCUAUCCACCUUCACAAAGCCAUAUGGGUGGAAACACACCUGGGACCGGAGGAGGAAGGGGAGAGGGAGGGGGAGGAAGAUAUAAUGAAACAAGGGGAGGAAGGCUUCAGAGCAGACUCGCCUCCCGUGCUGGCUAUACCUGUCACAGUAAUUCCUGAGGACGACUCAUUGCCUCAGUGCACUACGGACAAAAGGCCUUCCACCCCCCCAGAGACUGUGCCGUCCAGUUCCAGCUUGCCAGAAUCAGCCACCUCCUUGGCACCGACUACAGGGGAGUUCCAAACAACCUCACCACAGCCAGAGGAGCCCGACACGGGCACAGACUCAAAGCAGGGUUCACUCAAGGAGAAGCGCAGAUCGAGAGAAGUCCGUGUUACGCGUAAGACUGUGAAUCUGCCUUCGAAGCACAAAGUUUUUGCCCACAAGGUGUACGUUAGCCCAGAGCCAAGUUUGGAUGAGAGCGAAGCAGCGGAAGAGGAGCUCAGCAGAGAUUCAACUACAAAGACUUCAGACACAACAGAAGUGAAACCACUGCCAAGCCUCCAAAACAACAAUGUGGAACUCAAAGAAGCCAACCUUGAGCCACUGCCAACACCAGAUGAGAUGACGCACUCUGACACAAAUACUCCUGAGCCCAUAGUUAAAGAAAAAACAGACUCUGAGGCCUCUGACUUUGAUGAUACCUCUGCAGCCUCUGACAUGUACGGGGCAAAGUCACAAGCGGUAGGGUCAAGGGUAAGAAGCCAAGGGUCUAACCAGGCUACACCCUCUAAACGAGAGGUUAAAGCAGCAGCAGAAAGUCGGCAUACCACAGCAAGUGGAGCAAAAACUCCAUCCUCAGCAGCUGGCAGUAAGGCCAAAACUGUGACAACAAAGACCAAGGCCUCCACAGAGAGCACAAAGGUGGGAACUUCCAGUGACAUGCCACCACAGAGAGAGCCUGGCAAUGAUAAAACAGUUUCUAUGUUACCAACAUCAAAAGACCAAAGCACCAGUGGUCCCUCAAGUCCAACAGGUUCAAAGUCUAAAAUCCCCAAAAGGUCACCAUCAGAUGCUGAUGUCAAAUCACCAGUGACAGCAGAUAAAACAUCAGUGACUGAUGCCUCUGGGUCAGUGGUCACUUCCAAACUGCAGAAACAACCCAGAACCAAAGAGGCUUUGAAAUCACCGGUCACUACAACCAAAGUUGGCAGGAAACAAAGUUCUGAAGAAGCCAAGGGAGGGAAAGCUCUGUCCGGAGACAUUUCUCCCACAAAAACAACUCCCAAGACAGGAACAAAGCUUGUUAAAGAAAAGCCACAUGAGGACAGUGACUCUAUAAACCUGUUAAAUGGCAUGGAGAGAGACCAAGAGGAGAGCAGUAUUAAAACAGCACACCCAACUGACAGGGAGGGCCUGGAUGUCAAAAAACAAGGGCAAAACCGUCUGGAGAAUAAUGCCUCCGUGACACCAAAGAGUCGGUUGCCCAUUUCAUCUCCGACAAGGAAGAAGAACGAUGAGAUAACUCAAACAAGUGGCACCAACUAUAAGAAAGUGACAUCUAGUCAGACAGAUUCUGACAAAUCCAAGACAGUCCAGAAGCAGAGUCCAGAGCAGCAAGAAGUAUCUCCUAGUAGUGAGACAUCACCCACACUCCCCGAAAGUCCCAAGAAAGGAAGCAUGCUGUCAACCACACCAUCCAAACCCCUAUCUAAAAGAAGCAUUAGCCAUGAAGAGAGUGACACAUCCACCUUGAGUGUCUCUCCACCUCCCAUCAAGCAAGAAAAAACUGUCUCAUUGAGGCUCCCCAAACAGGGCGACAACAUCAAGCACCAGAAAAGUACAGUAAAGGAUUCAGCUGAUCCUUCAUCACCUGUAAGCAAGCUUCCUACAAGGGGUCAGAGAAGCCCCAGCAAAGUAAAACCCAGAAAACUUUCACCAACUAAAAAAUCUGCCCCCACAUCCACAUCUAAACAGGAGGACUCUAAUCAGAACACAGAGUCAGUUGUCUCUGACAAUGCUAGUGGUGACGGUUUUAAAUCCAAGUCUCUGUCUUCAAAUGAACAAGAGCAUGUGAUAAAAGUCAAAGACAAUCAGUCUGAUAUCAGUGAAAACAAACUGAAAGUAAAAGAGACAAAGGAAUCAGAGGAAAGCAUAACCAGUCCUGCAACUGAGGAGAUUUCAAAAAUCCAACCAAUGCAAAACAACAAUGCAAUUACUACAGAAAACACUCAAGUAAAAGUUACAUCAGUUACAGGCUCAGGGGCUGAGAUACUGGCUAGCGGUGAGGUUGCCAAAGCAAGUCCAUCUGAGACGCCAGCUGUUCCUGUAAUUAAUGCUGAGACUGAUUACCAGGAAGGACAGCAUGAGACCAAAGAACAAACAAAAGUUGAGUCUCCACCUAAGAAAUCUCACGUUCAAAGGGACAACACCCAACAGGAACAGGAGGCACCGUCUUCACCAAAGAUUUGUACAGAGGAAGAUAAAGAAAAAGACGUUUCAGAGACAGACCAGCUAAUAAGUAACAUAAAACCAAAUUUAAUCCAGGAGAGAGGCCUUCCAGAGCCAGAUUCUGCUGUGCUGGCUCAGAAAACAAUAUCACCUUACCAUGAGGAUAUAAGUGAUAUUUCAGCCAAACCUGUUGUAGUUGACAACACUCACUGUGACAUAGUGGCCCACAUUGAUAAGGAAGGUGCUAUGCCUGAUAGUGUAACUCUGAAAGAAACAAACAAAGUCACUGCUAAGCAACAUAACAGCAGAAUUAGUCUUCCUGCUAAAUUGGCCUCAAAAGACCAAGACACUGAGCCAAAAGAUGUACUUUCAGCCACAUCCAUUGCUGUUGAUGCUGACCUGGCCAGCACAGAGCAGCAAAAGAAGUUACUGAAGGAUCAAACCACAAAUACAAUUCUUAAAAAUGAUAGAUUGCCCACAUUAAGCAGAGAUUUAGUAAAAGAUUUUGAAGUAGAGAAGGAAAGUAAAGAGGAGGCUGGCAGGAAACCAGCAGAGGCUUUGGACAUUCAAACAGAAGCUGUGACUGUUUGUGAAUUGCCCAAGAAUGUUGAAAAUCAGCUGGACAAAGGGCCUCUUUUACUGGCAGGAGAAUCUGAAAGACAGGAGAAAGACUCAAAACCAAAUGAAAAGCUGAAUGACGCAGCGGUGGAAAGCACUGACUCACAGAAGAGUUGCAAAAAGGAGCUCAAGGGCAUAACUAUUAAGCAUGAGACUGAGAGAGACGUCACAAAAACGCAGAUGCCAACAGAUCUAUCAUCAGAGGAGAAGCGUAUACAGCCUGACUCGGAGGAACGACCACACACGGCAGUUUCGGAAGCCCUGGCAGAGAAGAAAAUAGAGGCAGAGCAAGCAAGAAGUGCACUCCCUGAAAAUACAGCCAGUGUGGUUGAUUCAAAGCAGGAGAGUGAGAUCAUCUUAAAGGAGAAUGCAGAGAGAGGUGAUAAGGAGACUGAUCAAGAGAUGAAGACAUCAACUGUGAAAAAUGAACAGGAACCCAAGGUACUUCUAACCAAUGCUGAGAAGGUCAGGGAUAAGGAAGCAAAUCAGGGGGACAAACAGGCCGACAUAAAGAAGAGUCAAACUCCAGAAAUAAAAGCUGUGAGCUCUAAAACUACAACUACUAAAGAAGAGAAUGAAACAAAGGAUUUGCUGAUGAAGAAUUUACAGAAUGAGAUUUCAGAUGAGACUGCUGACUCUGAGGUUAAGAGCGACAAGGACCAGAAGACCUUAAUUGCUACAGACAAAGAUAAGGACAUUAACAAAAGAGAUGCUCAUAGAUCAGCAGAAACUAAAUGUCAAAUUGCUAACCUAGAACAGAAACCUAAGACAGAAAAAGCUACACAGAAGACAACAGAAAGCCAAGUUAGCAUCCAACAAGACCAGAUGUCCAUAACUGUUAAAGAUCAACAUGAGGAUAUAACCAAACCAGAUAUAAGCAAACCAACAGCAUCCAAACGUCCAGAUACUGACCAGAAACAACAACCAGAAAUAGUAACAACAGAAGCUCCAGAGAAGAUGUCAGAGAGCCAAACUCAAGAACUCAAGAUUGUCAGCAUCAAAACUCAGAGUGCAGAGGGAGCUAAACAGAAGACUGAAACAAAGGAUUCAUCAAUUAAGAGUUUGGUAGGGAAGACAACAACUGCAAAUUCUAACUGUGAAGCACAGGAUGAAAAGUCUGUAAUGGUUAGAGAUCAACAUGAGAACAUUACAAAACCAGAUACAAGCAAACCUCCAAAUACAGACCUAAAACAGGGACUGCAAAGAACAGGCGCUCCAGAGAAAAUAUGGGAAAUUCAAGAACCAAAGGUUGUGAGUACCCAAAGUCAGAGUGCUGGAGGUAUCAAGGAAAAGACUGACACAAAGGAUUCGUCAGUUAAAAGUUUGGUGAUUGAGAUAGCAAUGACAUCAGAAGCUCCAAAGAAACAAUCAGAAAGCCAAAUUCAAGAACCAAAAGUUGUAAGCACCAAAAGCGAGAGUGCUGAGGGUGUUAAAGAAAAGACUGAAACAAAGGAGUCAUCACUUAAGAGUUUGGUGAAUGAAACACCAAUGAGUACAGACGUUUCAAAGAAGCAAUUAGAAAGCCAAAUUCAAGAACCAGAGGUUCUAAUUACUAAAGCUCAGACUGCAGAGGGAACUAAAGAGGAGACUGAAACAAAGGAUUCAUCAGGUAAGAGUUUGGUGAAUGUGACAACUGCUGAUGCUACCUCUAAAGUUAAAAACCAGGAGGAUCAGAAGUCGAUAGUUGUUAGAGAUCACCAUGAGGACAUAACAAAACCAGAUGCAAGAAAAUCAACAGAAUCAAAACGUCCAAAUGCUGACCUAAAACAGGAACCAGAAAUAAUAAAAGCUUCAGAGAAGAUGCCAAAAAGCCAAAUUCAAGGACCAAAGAUUGUAAGCACCAAAACACAGAAUGCUGAAACUAUCAAGGAAAAGACUGAAACGAAGGAUUCAUCAAUAAAGAGUUUGGCGAAUGAGAUACCAGUGAGAACAGAAGCUCCAAAGAAGCAGUUAGAAAGCCACAUUCAAGAACCAAAAGUUGUAAGUACCAAAACUCAGAGUGCUGAGAAUAUCAAGGAAAAGACUAAAACAAAGGAUUCAUCAGUAAAGAGUUUGGUGAACGUGACAACUGCUGAUGCUAACGCUGAAGUGAGAAACCAAGAAGAUCAGAAGUCCAUAAUUGUUAGAGAUCAGCCUGAGAACAUAACAAAACCAGAUGAAAGAAAAUCAACAGAAUCCAAACGUCCAAAUACUGGCCUAAAACAGGAAGCAGACAGAGGAGAAGCUUCAGAGAAGCAGUCAGAAAUACGAGAUCUAAAGGAUGCAAGUACCAAAACUCAGAGUGCUGAAGAUAUCAAGGAAAAUACUAAAACAAAGGAUUCAUCAAUAAAGAAUUUGGCGAAUGAGAUACCAGUGAGAACAGAAGCUCCAAAGAAGCAGUUAGAAAGCCACAUUCAAGAACCAAAAGUUGUAAGUACCAGAACUCAGAGUGCUGAAGAUAUCAAAGAAAAGACUGAAACAAAGGAUUCAUCAGUAAAGAGUUUGGUGAACGUGACAACUAUGGAUGCUAACUCUGCAGUAAGAAACCAAGAAGAUCAGAAAUCCAUAAUUGUUAGAGAUCAGCUUGAGAACAUAACAAAACCAGAUGCAAGAAAAUCAACAGAAUCCAAACAUCCAAGUACUGACCUAAAACAGAAGGCAGACAGAACAGAAGCUUCAGAGAAGCAGUCAGAAAUUCAAGAACCAAAAGUUGUAAGUACCAAAACUCAGAGUGCUGAAGAUGUCAAAGGAAAGACUAAAACAAAGGAUUCAUCAGUAAAGACUUUGGCGAAUCAGACACUGGUUAGAACAGAGCCUCCAAAGAAGCAGUCAGAAAGCCAAAUUCAAGACCAAAAUGUAAGCACCAAAACUCAGAGUGCUGAUGACGCCAAAGAGAAGACUAACAAAAAAGAUUCGCCAAUAAAGAGUUUGGUGAAUGAAAUUGUAAUCAAGAAUGCGAACUCUGAAGUUAGCACCCUUAAGGACCAGAAGCCCUCAAUUAUCAUAGAUGAACCUGUGGAGAUUAAGAAACAAGAUGAAAACACAGAUCAACCCAAAGAUUUCAAAGCCCCAAAUACUGACCCAGUUGUUCUUGUAACUGGGAAAGAAGCCAGUAAGACUGAUAAGAAAAAAAGAAAAGAAUUUAAAGAGGGUGAUAAAAUUAAAGUAACAAAGCCAAAGGAUCAGCAGGUGAAGGCAUCAAAGACAGAUGCCAAGCAAGAGUCAGAAAGCAUUUCCAUAAAUGAUGCAUCUGGCAAAAAAGUUGUUGGAGAACAAAAAGAAAAGCCCACUGUUGUUUCAGAUAAAGUACUUGAUAGCAGUGAUGCUCAGAAGAAUGAUGGAGACACCAAAGAGACAACCAAAACAGAAAGUAGCUUUAAACAGGAACGGCAGACUUUCAGAGAAGAGAAAAUCAUAAUAAACCUUAGUGAUCUACAAAAGUCUGCAAAGCCAACACUCAAUGGCAGUUCAUCUCUGUCUGCGACAGCAGAAUCAUCUCCAUCUAGCUGGUUAGAUGUGGAGCAUCAAAAACCUAAGAAGAAGGAACACAAAAGAAGACUAAAAGCCUCAGCCAGUGAGGACGAAUCUCUUGAGCCUGAUGACAUUGAUGAUUUUAUCAGGAGCAUUAAGGAGGGAAGCAUUCCAUUCGCACUACCUCCUAAAAGGCAUAUUCGUAAAAAGUCCCCAUCUCCACCUUUUGCCAUGCCGUCCAUCAGGGAGGACCACUUUGAGAAAGCAUUUGAUCCAGAGGAAUUCAAGUUUGGCUUAAGAAAAAAUAGCAAAUGUUUUAAGGAUCCUUCCCCGGCUAUGGUAAUUAAACAAAAAGCAGCUAAUAGGGAAGGACGGACUCUGGAAAGACAUGGACAAGAUAAUGCCAUGCACACAUUUAGAGAUGAAAUGAAAUCACUUGAUGAGGUGGAAGGAAAAGAUGGAGUCAGUGAGGGGACAAAUAUUGAAGCAGGAAAAGAAGAGGGACAAAACAAUGGAGAAGAACCUGGAAAACUGACGUCACGACUUGAAAGGAUGUCCAUCCUCUCCAGCCUACUGAGUUCCCCUCGGUCCUCCAGGAAGAGCAAAAAGGAAGCUACCUCUGCCUCCAAUAGCACACUUCCCAACCAACAGCAGGGCCUGCCAUCGCUUGGAAAGCAGGGAGCUGUUGAUUCACCUCUGCCUGCCUCUAAAGCAGAUAAGAAGGGUGUGGAAGGUCAAGAUCAAGGCCCACUUGUAGGUGGUGGUAUGGGUACAGUUAGUGAGUCAGCAAUCAGCUCCUCCUCUCCUCCUCCUUCUCUGCCCUCGUUCUCGGAGAUAAAGCUGCCUGAUCAUUUAGAGAAAUACCUCAAGAAGAGCAAAUCAGAGUCUGAGGCCUCCCAGGGCUCUACACAGAUGGUUGAAACUAAACUGAAUCCUGAUGGUGCCAUGAUGGACCAGGUCUCGACAGCAGGAAUACCAAAUGUGGAUGUGAGCCUGAAGAGACCUGCAGGACUGCCUCCAACCAGCAACAACACCCAGCAGAGUUCUCGUAAUGGACUUACUACUUCUACACCUAAGAUACCAGCAAUAAAAGGGUUCCACAAAAGGCCUGGAAAGAUUGUCAUACAUGAACAUGCUCAGUUUGGAGGGCAGGCGUUUGAACUCUACCGUGAUGUAGAGGACGCCACUGCAAUGAAACUGUCAUCCGUCAUCUCAGUCAGAGUCAUCAGAGGGUGCUGGCUCCUCUAUGAAAAACCUGGCUUCCAGGGUCGUAUCAUUGCCCUUGAGGAAGGUCCUACAGACCAAAUAUUGAAUAUGUGGGCAGAGGAAGGAACUCCGACGACACUAGACCAGAUGGGUCAGCCUAUACCAACAGCGCCUUUGGUCAUAGGUUCUAUUCGAUUGGUAGUUAGAGACUAUAGCAUACCCCGAAUUGACCUGUUUGCAGAGGUAAAUGGUUUGGGAAGGGUGUCAUCUUACUGUGACGACACUGUGGAGAUUGGCUCCUAUGGGAUCCCACUGACCACCGGCUCCAUUAAGGUUCAUUCUGGAGUCUGGCUGGUGUACACCAAUCCAGGGUUUGAAGGUUUUCUUGGAGUGCUGGAAGUGGGGGAGUACCCAUGCCCACAGGCCUGGGGUUUCCACGAGCCCUUUAUUGGGUCUCUCAGACCCCUUCGAAUGGGACCAAUAAAGGUGGAGCACCCUCAUGAUUUCAAGGCCUUAGUGUUUGAGAAGCCCAACUUUGAUGGAGAGAGCAUCGAGGUCGACAGUGACACGUACAACUUGCAAGAAGAACCGGAAGGAGAACAAACAGGCAAACCAGACGAGAGCAAGAAGACAUUGUCUACAGUGGGGUCUAUAAAGAUCCUUAGUGGUCUCUGGGUGGGCUAUCAAGAGGCAGACUUCGAAGGCCAGCAGUACAUCCUGGAGGAGGGGGAGUAUCCUCACUGCAGUGACUGGGGAGGAUCUGAGGAUGGGCUCCUUUCUCUUCGCCCCGUGUGCUCGGAUUUCCUGUCCCCUCAUGUUAAACUGUUCAGCGAGCGGCACUUUGAUCAACUGGGGCUCCAUGCGGACUUGCUUGGUCCCGUCCCGAGCUUGGAGGACGUUGGCCAUGGUUGCAAAACUCAGUCCGUCAAUGUCAUGGGUGGAGUGUGGGUGGCGUUUGAGAAGCCUGGAUUCAGCGGAGAGCUCUACGUGCUGGAGAGAGGCCUGUAUGCAAGCCCAGAGGACUGGGGAGCCCACAACUACAUGAUCUCAUCCAUACAGCCGGUCUUCCAUGACACACUGAUGGGAACAACAAAAUUCAAGAUGCAGCUGUAUUCUGAGCCAGACUUCCAGGGAAGGCUGGUGACUCUGGAGGACAGCGCAUCAGCUCUGGAUGACGACUUCGUACCUAAGUCCUGUAAAGUGCUGGCUGGCAGCUGGGUGGCAUAUGAAGGAGCUCAGUUCACAGAGAACAUGUAUGUGUUGGAGGAGGGAGAAUACCCCAACACAGAGACCAUAGGCUUCCUGUCCUCAGAGUCUACCAUUCGCUCCAUACAGACUGCCGGACAUGAGUUCUCUCUGCCCUCCAUCGUCUUGUUCAGCAAGGUUGGCUGCAGAGGUCGCAGAGCAGUGCUGAGAAACGGAGCUGUGAACCUGCUACAGGCAGGCCUCGACACACGCACACGCUCCCUGGUGGUGGAGGGAGGAAUGUGGGUGCUGUAUGAAGAGAGUAACUACCGUGGUCGACAGCUGCUCCUCCAGCCAAGUGAAGUGGGUGACUUCUGGGAGUUCAGUGGCUGGCAGCAAAUAGGAUCCUUACGUCCAUUACUCCAGAAACAGAUGUACUUCCGUCUGCGGAGCAUGGAGACAGGAUGUGUGAUGUCCCUGACAGGAACUUUGGAUGACAUCAAGCUGAUGAGGAUUCAGGCUGUGGAGGAGACAGGAGGGCUGGAGCAGGUCUGGCUCUAUCGGGACGGGCAGCUUACCUGCAAGCUGGUUGAGGACUGUUGCCUGGAGACUACAGGAGGUUUGUUGAUGGAGGGCAGCAGGCUUUGUGUUACCCCGGAGCGAGGCAAAGGCAACAACCUGUGGAACAUCACCCCAGACGGACGAGUGCACUGCCACCUCAAACCUGACCUGGUCCUGGAGGUCAAAGGUGGUCAUCAGUAUGACAAGAACCAGGUGAUCCUCAACACGUAUGAUGAGAGAAAACUGAACCAAAGAUGGACCCUGGAAGUCCUGUGAUCAUAUCAGCCUCAACUUGCCAGACACACCACGUCAUACUGAACCCUGUGAUGCAGCUCCACUGUAGAGCCCACACCACAGAGAUGGGUCCAGUAGGAGGAUUUGCGCAAUCACUGCACUCCUUUGUAGUAUUUUAACUCUUGUUUACUCCUCUGGAGGAGGGUGACCUUUAACUGGAUAUACUUUAUAACUAUUCUCAUAGUGUUAAUUGAGUGAAUGAGUAUCAUAAAAGCAUUGCUUAUGUUUGCCACUUGAUUUCAAACACUGUUUACCAAAGACUUCAGGCACCCCUCUCUAUGUCGUCACUGCAUGUAGUGAGAACUCAGCCCUGUUUCAAUGCUGCAUACUUCCCUUUACUUAAUGGUACUUUUCUACUGCAUGGUUCCAACAUCUGUCUUCUGAUCAUAAUGUUGGCAAAUAUGAAUGUAUAGUGUAUAUUGACAGCUGUUAUAUGAAGUCCGAUGUGCCUACACUCCAAAGAUGUAUGUCGACUAAGAUGUUUUCUUUUUGUGAAUAGAUCAAAAAUGAUCUAUUUUAGAGUUUUAAUAUCUGCUUAGGACUUUUUACGCAAACUGGACUUUACUGCAUGAGGUUGUAUAUAAGCAUCAAGUGUAUAGAUCUUAGUUUAAAUUUCAAAGCAGGACUGCAAUAACACUACUGCCCACUGUUGAUUGUAAAUAUGUGAAUGUCCAAGAGAAAACUGUUACACAUGAAAAUAAGAAUGAUUCUCUCUAUUGUCUUUUUUAGAAAAUAAAGCAUUUUCUGUGUUUUAAUACA